AUGUCAUCUGAAUGGCCCGACACACAACUAUCAAAUAUACAAAAAACUUUACAAAAUAGUUGGCAAAUUCCAUAUAUAUCUUUGUACGCACGAAUUUUUUGUGAUGCUUUUCAACUAUUCGAUUUUCACCAAGAGGAAUUGGAAGAUGCUUUACUAUCGGAUAAUCCCGAUGAGAUUCAUCCAUUUCUACAAGAACUUCUUAUAUCAUUGCUUACCGGAUUAACACGAUUACAUGUCAAUUCUUCUAAUAUGUUUAUUAUGUUAAGCAAUGUACUCAAACGAAGUGGUCUAAAUAUUGUUUCACCUGAUCCAUUAUCUACUAUGACAAUAUCAGAUGAUACAAUAUCAACAGCGGAAUGGAUAGAAAUGGGUAUAUUCGAAAAGGUUACAGUACUUCGUGCUUUGUGUGAUGCAAGACUUGACCGACCAGAUAUUGAACAACUUACAGAAACUAUGGCAGCUGAUUCACUUCGUUUUGAACCAUUCGGAGAAGAUUCACGUGGAAAUAAAUUGUGGUAUUUUGGCGAUACUCGGCUGUAUUGUGAAUCAUUAGCUAAAAAUGCAGAAACAUCAACAUGGGAAUGUAUAUGUCGUACAUUAGAUGAAUGGAACGUAUUUAUUGAAAAUUUCCGUAAAUCAUGUUCAAAAAAAACCUCAAGUAUUAAAGAUCGUAAAUUAUUGGAACGCUUAGUUACUUUGAAUACUGAAUUACCUGAGAUAUAUGCACGUAAAGAACGGGAUAGACAACGUCGCUGGACAUCCUACGAACCUAAACGUUCAUCAACACGUCUUGAAGCUAAACGACAACAACGGAUUGAAUUAGAAGAAAUAACGCAAGAGCAAAAAGCUCGACAUGAAAAAUUUCUUGAAUAUAAACGACGACAAGAAGAAAUCAUUGCUAAAGAAAAAGAACGUUUAGAACGUAAUGAACGUGUCAAACGACGAGAAGAACGAGCAGAUCGUAUUCGACGUCGUGCUGCUGCCGGAUCAUUAACGGGUAUUUUCGAUGGUUCAGAAUUAUCAGAAAAUAGCAACGCAUCAUCAUCAUUUUACGACGAAACUAGUAAUCCACUUGAUACCAGUGACGUCCAUCAAAAAGUAUUGACUUUAUUAAGAACAAAUGAGAAUAGUUGGCCAUUUCUUGAACCUGUUUCUGAAGAAUUAGCACCGAAUUAUUUCUCAAUCAUACAAAAUCCAAUAGAUCUUUCAACAAUACAGAAGAAAAUAAAUAAUAAAGUUUAUGUUAACAAUUCACCUGAAUUUAUUCGAGAUAUUGAAUUAAUGGUUGCUAAUUGUGAACAGUACAAUGGCAAACGAAGCAUUUUGGGUAGAAUAGCUAAUCGGCUUCUUCGUUAUUUUAAAGAAUCUUGGUCUGAAUGUCAACCAAUGACACCACAAUUUUAUGAUGAUAUUGAUGAAAUAAAUCAUCAACGAGAUAACCCAAUAAAAAGACGAUUAAAUGAAUCAACAUCAACAACAAUAACACGCGAUAAAAAUAAUAAUACAAGACCAAGAAAAAACUAUCGACAAUUAGCUGGUUUGAGUGAUGACGACGAUGAGCUAGAAUCUGAAUAUGUACCAAUAUCAAAUUCAAAGCGCGCUCGUCAUUCCACUGCAUCCGUACCAAUAUAUAUAACGAUUGAUCCUAAUUCUCCAGCAUUUAUUGUAUAUCAUGAUCAUUCAUAUUUUAUUCGACACGAGUCAACAAAUUCAUCUCUCAAUUCCUCAACAGAUAAUAUACAUCGACGUAAAUCAUCGAUUUCAAAUACAAAAUUUACAGCAAAUAGUCAAACUAAAAUAGAAACCCCGCCACCUCCGCCGCCGCCGCCGCCGCCGCCACCACAGCAGAAGCAACAAAAUUGUUUACCUUCUGUUCAAGUCCUUAAUCGUUUACUUCUUGAACAUCAACAAAAAAUGAAAAAUUCUUCAUCGGAUUCGUCUAUAAAUCCUUCAACGUCAUCGACAAAUACGAUAGAUUUAAGUACUAUUUUACGUGCACUCUUAGCCAAGCAAGGUCAUCAUAUAACAACAUCAAUUGACAAAAAUUCUAAUAAUAAUAAUACAGAAAAUAGUCUUUGCUCAUCGUCAUCGAUACAAUCUGUGCCGAAUUCUCAAUUACAAUCUGAUUCAUCAUCAACAACUGCUCUAUAA